AUGUUUAAAUCAUUUACUUCCAAGGGUUCAAAGUCAUUGACUUCCUCGAGUGAAUCUGGACCACUGCUAGACAAUUCUCGUCCUAAAUCUCAGGUUCUUGCUUCCCCAAUAUAUACUGCAUUCUCCUUUGAUGAAAAUCCAAUUGAAAAUAUGCCGGUGAUCGGAGUUCAAUAUUCUAAAACUUCAUCGAAACCAAUUUAUGAAGGUGCAAACGGUAUUAUUUUCAAAGGAACCGAUGCGUCUCAUACUGAAUCAUUGGUUUUAAAACGUGUCAAGAAAAAGACAGACCAAACUUUGCCAGAUUAUAAAAGGGAAGUCUUGCGUGAAUAUAACAACAUGAAAAUGUGUAGCCAUAAAAAUAUCAUCCCCGUGAUUGAUCUUUGUGCAAUUUCGGAAACCACCGAUAUGGCAUUGAUUUUACCAUAUUAUCCAAAGGGUGAUUUGUUGGAUUAUCUAUCCAAAUUAAGAAGAUUCAAAAUCGAACUAUCAGCAAGUAUGAAGGAUGCUAUUUUCAAGCAGAUUUUAAAAGGUAUCAGUUACCUUCAUCGUAAAGGAAUUGUUCAUCGUGAUUUAAAACCUGAAAACUUCAUGAUUGAUUCCGACGGGGUGUUAAAAAUAUCCGAUUUUGGAUAUAGUUUGAAUAUCACUUCCGAUUCUUACAAAGAACACUUGAAGGCUAAUCCUCAUGAGUUGUAUUGCGGAACAAACAGUUUCAAAGCACCGGAAUUAUUUCAAAUUGAACAUCAAAUCAAGGAAGAUAAAUUCAACUAUGAUGAAUAUUUUCAAGAGUCCGCAGAAAAAUUCAAAUACCUUGAUUAUUGGGCCUUGGGAAUCAUAUAUUUCACAAUUUUUUUAAUGAAAUGUCCAUGGAGUACAGCAAGUAAUCUGGAUAUGGCAUUUAAUAAUUAUAAGAAACAUUUCCCGAAUUUGCCAUCUAAAAUGAGUCAAGUAUUGGUUGAUUUAAAUAGCAAGAAUAAUUCGUUUACAUCAAAUCCAGCAUUGGCAUUAUUUAAAAGUUUGCAUUAUGAUUCGAGGGAAUCCAUUCUAGGGUUAUUAAAUCCUCAAGCAGAUAAGAGAUCAACUCCAGAUGAUUUACUAAACACCAAUUGGUUAUCUCAAGUUUAUGCUGAUCCUAAAGAAUUAGUCAAAUUAUUGAAAUGA